UAGCACCACCUCAUAGCAAUGCUAACUUUAUGUGCUAGCCUGGCUAGCAAAGUGGAACCAUGUUUUGUUGCUGUCAUUGAUUAGAAAUCACAAAGGAAACUACAGAGACAUUUUAAUCUGUGGUUGUUCUGUUUUCAAAUGUUUGCUAUUUGUUAAUAUUUUUAGAUAACUUGAUAGCAUGGGAUUCAAAGGAGUAAAUACAAAUUAGAGUUAGCUAACACCGUUAGGUAUCUGUUUCUGUUGAUUUUCUUUUGACGAACUGAAGUUACUCUGAUUUAGUCCCUGCUGAGCUGUACCAGGCUGCUGCCAGAUCCAGUGCAACAAACCAUGGAAGUACUUUGAUAAAGGAAAUGCAGAUGGACCGACUGAAAAGGCCGUGAUUACAGGCUGAUCUCUGGACCAGCAGCGUCAGCAAUGUCUGCAAUCCCCCUUCUGCGAUGCACCAUCAGGCUGCAGCGGAAGCAUGUUGCCACACAUGCUGUACAACAGAGAGCUCUGUCAGGGGCAGAGGCUGUAAAUGCUCUCAGGCCCUUUUAUUUUGCAGUCCACCCAGACUUCUUCGGUAAAUAUCCCAAAGAACGGGAGGUGAAUGAGAACUCGCUAAAGAGGCUGAAUGGCUAUCUGGAGAACUUGCAGAAGCCCGGCUCACGUUCAGUUCAACCCAUGAAGCUCACCUUUUAUAUAAGGAACACAAAGUGCAGCAGUAAGGUGCAGCCAGAACUCCUCAGCUCAGGCUUCCGCUCAGUCAGCUUUACUCUGCACACAAACGAUGUUUUGAGCACAGUGAUGGAUGUUUUGACGAGCUGCAGCCUGCCCGUGGAGCACAUGAAAGGACUAACGGCGAGUAAAGCAGCAAGUAAAAGUCCGACUGAGACGGGGAAGCCUUUCUACAGAACCAUCAAAUGGGAUAAAAGCUAUUACACCUUCACGGGCUUCAAAGACCCCGAGCAGGAGCUGCAGCAGGCCCAGAGAGCCGAGCCUACGCUCAGUGUGUGGUUGAGAAACAACGAACCUGAAGCCACAAAGAAACACGAUGCAAGCCUUCCUCGGAGAGAAGAACUGAAUAGACUGAAGAGGGAGCUGUGUCGCAGAUUUAAUCUGACAGAUAUCAGAUGGCAGCGCAGCUGGGGAGUCUCCCACAGGUACUGUCAGCUUCAGAGUCUGAGCCGCCUGUCUCACCAGAACCCCGAGGCUCUGAUCAACCUGCAAGGACAUACGGUUGUGUUUGCUGACCAGUCAGGGAUGGAUGCCUCUGGACACGUCAUGCUGGGAACCAUGGAUGUUCAUCAUCAGUGGACAAAACUUUUUGAGCAGCUGCCCGGUUAUCACAGCCUGCAGCAACAGACGCACUGGCUGAAGGAGAGGAUCAGCCUCCUCCUGGGUGGGACCCAAGUGGUGCACAUGGACAGACUGGGACCAGUUCAGCCCAUAGCUGAGCACUACAGUUCCCUAAACACCUUCCACAAACGCUUGAUGUCCCACCACCUUCGUCUACACCCCAGGAGUCUGCAGGGCCUCACCAUGUUGCUGGAAAAUGACCGCUCUAACCCCAGUCUUCAUGAGAUGGGACACUUCAUUAUUCCCAUCAAAUGUGAUCUUCCUAUACUACAGGUCUUCCUUCAGAACCAUGCCCCUGAAGCCCGACGGCGCAUCCAACGCAAAAACCAACUGCAGGCAGAGGAGGAGGCUGUGGUGAAGCUGUGUCUUGAAACUCUGUCUCUGAGGAGCUUGUCUAAGGAGCCCAGUGUCAGCCCUGCCCAGAUGAUUCAAUGCUGUGAAAGACUGUUGGAGCAGCGCUCCCCCCACAUGCAAGGCCUCCAGAUCUGUGUUUCUCACUUCUACUCUGUCAUGCAAGAUGGAGACCUGUGUGUCCCCUGGGACUGGAAGAGCUGACCUCCAGAUUUACACGUUUUUGUCAGUCCAUGUGUGAGAACUACUUUUACACAGACGUUUUUCUGCAAAUGCUUUCUCAAGGAAAUGUUUAGAGAACUUUAAGAGCACAAGUGAAGGAUACCUGUACAGCCUGGAAUGUUCACACACGACCAGCAUACACUUCAAAGUGAUGUGUGACAAACGUAUGACUUGUUGUGUAGACAUGGCUUAAAGCAAAGAAUUUUCAAAGUUGUAACUAUUUAUUGCAAUGAGUAUGAAAAGUGAUUUUUCACUUUGUAGAAAUUUACAGUCAGUGUGAAAAAAGUUUCACGGGAGUCCAAUAAAAACCUCUGUACAUCCA